AUGGAAGCUGUGAUUCUCCUUGUAAUGAUGAUGAUGAUGAUGAGCUUGUGGGGUCCACUUGUUGUCGUUUCAGGCAAAGUAGAAGCAAGCAUCAAGAACAGGUUGGGAAGUGGGAAGAACAUGACAGUGCAUUGCCAGUCCAAAGACGACGAUCUGGGCCUGAGAACAGUCCCAUACGACGAUGCAUUUAGCUGGGAGUUUGGGGUCAACGCUGGGGGAACGACACUGUUUUACUGCGUUUUGGGGUGGGAAAGUGUGGGGAAUUACCAGUUUGAUGCUUACUCUUUUGGGAGGGACCGAGUUAGAUGUGAAACUCGGUGUGAAUGGCUCAUCUCUGUGGAAGGCAUAUAUGGGCUCAAUGGAGAAACUGGGCUUUUGGAAUAUUUCUACCACUGGCCCAUUCAAUAA